AUGUCUCCUUCUUGCUACGCCAGCUCUGAUUCAAGUAUCCAAUAUCAAGAUGCAUUGAGUAACGUGGGCCGGACCCACAAUGACGACCAUUACAGUAGAGAUAGUCGACUCGAAAAAAGCUUUGGUGAUCUUGGACAUGCACCUGGUGUAUCGAAUGAUUUGCACCACCAAGAUGAAGAUGCACACUCGGAACGUAGCAACAGCCCUGAUGGUAGCCACUGUUUGGUAGCUCGAGCCAUAGAAGUUCCAUCUAUAUUCGACGAAACAGAAUACAAAGGCAAAAGUCAAAGCAAUGCGCCCGAGAGUAAUGAAAAUAAGAGUGAUAGCGGGAUGAUGUCUGCUACAAUGAACGGGUUCAAGCGCAAAAUAGCAGCAGCUCGACUUUUGUUUGAUGAAGUGGGAAGGAAAUCACAGACAGGCCUGGCAAAAUCAGGAAGCCAGACCUUGUAUGAUAAUGCCAAGUCUCAUGGCGAGUCUCAACAUGGACCACCUACAAAACAUAGCUCGAACCUUGGAACCAGAGAUGAUCAAGCUAUACCGCAAGCAGAAAGAUCUUUCUUUGACUAUAGUGGACACACUAGCGACUGGCGUAAGAAACAAAGAAACAAUUUGGAAGCAGACCUCAGUCCUGCGCAGAUUGCAUCAGGAAAACACGCACACGAAGAUGAAAUGUGGGAUCUAAACACCUCGAAGAAGCGGCGUGGAAGUGUCAUACCACCUCUUGGCAAAAUGUCACCUAUAAGAGAGUGUACAAGUGACGAUGAAGAUGGGCCAGACGUGAUCGGCUCGUGGCCCAAAGUUUCAUUUGACUCUCGUACAUCAAGGCGGGAAACGCCUCAAAAGGAUGAUCCCGUGAAUUACAAUUCUCAACGCGGGUCUCAAGAUGUACCACAUAAAGCACCUCAAUGCUCUCAACAAGUCCCACCUACAGUACCUCAUCAGCAACUACCUACAGUACCUAGCUCAAGCCUUCGCACCAAAGAGGAUCAAGCUAUACCAGGAAGAUCAUUAUUUGACUAUGGUGGACAUGCUAGCGACUGGCGUAAGAAAAGAAGAAACCAUUUAACAGCAGACCUCAGUCCUGCGCAGAUUGCUUCAGGGAAACACGCCCGCGAGGAGGAAACAUUUGAUCCAAACGCCUCUAAGAAGCCACGUGGGAGAGAUUUUCUGAGUGAUGAUGAAGACGAUUCAAACAUCAUUCACCCACGGCCCAAUCUCUCAUCUGACUCCGGCGCACCAAGGCAGGAAAUAACUCAAGAGAAUGAUCCUGCCAAUUGUAGUCCUCAUUGCGAUUUUCAACGUCAAUCACCUACAGCACCUCAGUAUGAAUCAUCUCACGUACCUCGAUGUGGACCACCUACAGCACAUACCUCAAAUCUUGGUGCCAGAGAUGAUCAACCUAUACCGGGAGAUUCUACGAGUGAUGAUGAAGAUGAGGCAAAUACCAUUCAACCACGGCCCAUUAUCUCAUCCAGUAGUAACUCUGGUGCACCAACGCAGGAAAGACCUCCAGAGAAUAAUCCCACGAAGCAUCAUACUCAUUUCCCUCAACAGCAACCACCUACAGUACUAAGCUCAAGCCUUCGCACAAAAGAGGAUGAAGCUAUACCAGGAAGAUCUCUAUUUGACUAUAGUGGACACGCUAGCGACUGGCGUAAGAAAAGGCGAAACUUUUUGAAAGAAGAUCUGAGUCCCGCUCAGAUUGCAUCAGGGAAACAUGCCCGCGAGGAGGAAAUAUGUGAUCCAAAUGACUCUAAGAAGCCACGUGGAAGAGGAUUUGCCAAAGUCAAUGAAGAGGAGCAAGGGGUGAUUGGUUCACAAACCCAUCAUGACUCUCAUGAAGCAAGGCACGAGAGAACUAGAGGGAAUAAUGAAGACGAAUUUGGAAGAAGUGACACGAGCCGCACACAGCCUAAUAUCUCAGCCACGGACUCUCAAUUGGAAAGGAUGGGGGCUUCUCGAGAAUCCUUCCCAAAAACAUCCGUCGAAAAUUCAAGCAAGACUCAACCAAGUUUUGUCCAAUAUAGAUCAAUAAAGGCACAGGGCAAACAGCGCGAAAUCACACCAGAUUCUCUUCGUAAGGAAAUUCAUCUGCUGGAUCUUGCUGCAUCAGGAUUCUUUACUGAUUCAUCACAUACGUCAAAUUUAGGUGACACUGUAAGUGCUGAUGAAGGUGUGUCUGCAAGUAGCCGCAUUCGCCGCUCACCACCCGAAUCACAGCCCAAUCUGACCACGGACUCUCAAUUGGAAAGGAUGGGGGCUUCUCGAGAAUCCUUCCCAAAAACAUCCGUCGAAAAUUCAAGCAAGACUCAACCAAGUUUUGUCCAAUAUAGAUCAAUAAAGGCACAGGGCAAACAGCGCAAAAUCACACCAGAUUCUCUAUGUCAGGAAAACCAUUUGCUUGUUCUUUCCGCUUCAGAACCCCUUGCUUAUUUAUUUUGCACACUACCUUUAGAUGAACCUGCAAGUUCUGGUGAAAAUGUUCCCAGUAGUCACACCCACCGCUCACAAUCUAAUAUCCCCUAUGGCUCUCGUCCAGGAAGGAAUACUGAGACUACGCCUCCACCAAACAAUUGUCACAACUAUAUAUAUGAUGAUGAUGUAUCAUCAAGAAAUUAUUCACAACAAAUAGUUUUGGUGGAGUCUCAACACAAACCACCACCACUUACAAUACCCACCUCUAGAUUUCGCACCAAAGAGGAUCAAGUUAUGACAGGAAGUUCUUUAUUUGACCAUGCUGGACACUCUCGUGACUGGCGUAGGACUCGACGAAGAGGAAGAGAUCUGAGUCCUGCGCAAAUUGCAUCAGGCAAACACGCACGCGAGGACGAUCCAUGUGAUCUAAAUACCUCCAAGAAGCCACGUGGGAACACGAUCCCAGCUAUCAGUAACUUGGUUUCAUAUAGAUUACCUGCCAAAUCAGACGAGCCACAUCUCAACUCCUUCUUUUUCAUUCAACAUGAAUCUCAGAUUUCCACCCCCAAAAAAACAGUCACGUGGGAUGAUGAACGUCCUCUGAACUUCAACCACUCAGCUCAACAAGACUCGGACUACAGGGUCCCAGUAUCACCAUCAAUAGCAGAUUCAAGAAUGUCUAUUUGCACCCCUCCCCGCACAACUUCCCUCAGCCAUACACGUCAACCUAACAGCUCUCAAAGCCAGUCUUUGGCUUCACUCCAUAUGCAGCCGGCCACACCGUCACAUCAGAGAACACAAUUCUUUUCUAGAGAUGUUCAUAGAAAGAAAACCCACGAUCAACGUCAGACUCGCUUUUCAACCUUGCAAUACGCCGAAAAGCACCACAAGAACCCCCAUAUUCCACCCCCUCCCGUUGACAAGUAUCAGCAAGAUACGGACACACCCCUGCCCAGUGAUCAACAAAUGGCGCCUUCAACCUCUCACUUGAUGGAAACUAGGCAGAGAUCUUUUUCCCCGAUGUCUUGGUCUAAUGAGGCUCCAGGAAAUUUGGAUCAUUCUCUAUACGAGUUGCACCAGUCUACAGAUUGUCCUAGGAGUAGUUACAUGCAGGAACACCGCCCCAGAAAUGUGGAAAGCAAUGCUCUGCCCUCCUACUCCCACCCUUCAGAUCAAACAGACCCAACAAACAAUUUCGUUCCUACUCGACGACCCUCAACCAUGCCAGUUGGGCCUUCCAUCUUGCACCCAAACCAUGGAAAUCCAACAGCCGUACAUGAACCGCUCAUUCCUUCUCGGCGACCCUCAAACACGGAAAUUAGGCCUUCAAUCUCGCACCCAUACCCUGAAGGUCCAACAGACCUACAUGAACCUUUUGGUUCUACUCGUCGACCCUCAAACACGAAACUCAGGCGAUCAAUCUCGCGCCCAUACCCUGAAGAUCCAAGAAACCCACAAGAGGAUUCUACCCGUACACACCGGCUAGGAAGUACACGAACCAGACCUUCAGCCUUGCGCAAUACCCCGGCAGAUGAAACAAACUCGGAUAGUAGAUACAUGCAUAUACCUGGAGCUCCAGACACGCAUUGCCAACCUCUGUCCUCACAAUCUUAUCCUACAAAUCCACCCAACACACAAAGCCGGCCUUCAACCUCUCGCACAACAGGAAGACACAUAGAACGCUCCCAAUCUCCUAUAGCCCACUCAGAUGGCUCAAACUCCAAUAGUAGAUCAAUGCAUAUACGUGGAACUUCAAAUGCACACCAUCAACCUUCAUCAUCACGAUCUUAUUCUACACAUCCACCGAACACACAAAAACGUGCUUCAACCUCUCGCGCUGCAGGAAGACACAGAGAACGCUCCCAAUCUCCUAUAGCCCACUCAGAUGGCUCGAACUCCAAUAGUAGAUCAAUGCAUAUACGUGGAACUUCAAAUGCACACCAUCAACCUUAUUCUACACAUCCACCAAACACACAAAGCCGUCCUUCAACCUCUCGCGCUGCAGGAAGACACAGAGAACGCUCCCAAUCUCCUAUAGCCCACUCAGAUGGCUCGAACUCCAAUAGUAGAUCAAUGCAUAUACGUGGAACUUCAAAUGCACACCAUCAACCUUCAUCAUCACAACCACCAAACACACAAAGCCGUCCUUCAACCUCUCGCGCUACAGGAAGACAUAGAGAGCGCUCCCUAUCUCCUAUGGCCAAUUCAGACGACUCGCCCCAAGAUAUCAAUACGAGAAAUGCCAACACUUGUGAUACCAAUGAUUCUGAUCCCGAAAAUCCACAUUCUGAUGACCCCGAUUCCGAUCCUGAUUCUGAUCCCGAGUCAGAUGAAUCAAUCUCAUUGGCUGAGAAUGUCAAGUACAAGAACAAACGACGUUGCCGCAAUGCGAAAAAAACGAAAGACCGCCAUGGUGAACUUGGCAGAGAAAAAGCCUCAAAACCGGCCAUCCUAUCUCAACAUGAGAAAUUAUCGGUAGCAAUUAUUGACUAUGUCAAACUACUCCUAGGCAUAACUCGUAAGCCUCGCCGUGCAAAAAUAACCUUUGUCUCUUCUCUCCCUGCGCCUCCUUCGGAGGAAGAGAUCGAAACAUGGGUACAACGCCGCAUCGAAAGCACUGUCAAGAUAUACAAAGAAGUAUCCUGA